UUUAAAACGUUGACAAUGAUGCUAAGAAUGAUGUGGCACGUAGUGAUGAAACAAAAUUUAAAAGUUUCUACAACUAUUUACUUUUAAAACAAAAUAACAGAAAGAAAGAAAAAAAAAUCAGCAGCUCUCCCCCCUCUUGAGUUUUUAAGCCCGCCACAUACCAUAUUCAACAAACUACAACUGGUUACUACUACUACCACUGCUACUACUACUACACUACUACUAUUACUAAAACUACCACUAACACACAUAUAAUAAAUAAAUAGAAGAAAAGGAAAAUUCACCCUUAUAGCCUUAAAGCAUAAGUUCGCGGCGCAAUACUCUCACUCAAACAACUACAGCUGCUGCUAACUUGCUACCAACACAUAGCAGCAAAGCGUUGAAAGAAACCCCAGAUAGGAAACGUGUAAAGCCAACAAAAAAAAGAAGUGAAAUAAAAAAGCAAAGAAAACAAAACGUUUUAUGUUUAUGAUAGAGAGUCAUAAGUAUUUGUCAGCGUGUGUAAAGUGUAGGUUAUUUAUAAAUGUGUCUAAGACUGUGUGCUUGUGACUGAGUGACAGAGUAUGUGUUAAAGAAAAGGAAACGAAAAAAUAGAAAGAAAAAAAAACUAAAACUUAUGGCGCCGUUAAGCAUAUAAAAAAUGCAACUCUGUUUAUUACACACACACUCAUUGAUUGCUCCUGCUCCUGCUGUUGUGGUUGUUGUUCUUGUUAAUGGUCGUCUUCGACAGUUGUUUUUCAUGUUGUUGUAGUCCAUACUGGUUAUAGUGAUUGUUAGAAAGAUGCUGACGACAAUGUCGCUGAUGAAGGUACUGUUGUUGUUGCUGGUUACAAGUGAUAAAAUAAUUUGACUCUCUAUCAAAGUGUUUUUUGUGUGUUUAAAACAUCCUAAAGAGACGUGAGCUUAUUACUACUACAAUAUUAUACGAAUAAAAAAACUAACAACUAUUAAGAGAACAAAACAGUGAAAAAACUAAAAAAAAAACUAGAAAAAUUAUGAAAAAAUAUUUAAACUUAUGGCCACUUGUAUAAAAAUGUUGGUGUAUUGUGUAAAUUUCCAGACAAUGCACUUUAAAAACACUAACAACCAUCAUUUAGCUGCUCAACUUAUAAAAACAUAAUAUAUAUAAAACUUUCUUCUAAAUCUUGGCAGGCAACAAAAUCCUUAAGGCUUCAACACCUUAAACAAAAGAUUUUCAUUACAAAAAAAAAUAAAAAAAAGAGAGUAAGAAGAAAUUCAUCUAACAAAAAAACCCACCCCUUUCAUUAAAAUAGCACUUAGUUUUAAAAUUUAUAACAAAAGAAAAGAAAACAAGAAAUUAAAACACUCUACUACUGCGACUACUACUUUCAACUUCUUAUACUUUCAACAGACUCUAUUUGAAACAAAAUCAUAUAAACUCUGCUAUCAAUAACAAAAAUCCAAAAAAAAGUAGAAGUAAAACGUCAUUAUUUCUUCAAACCAAGAAAAUUAACAACAAAACGUUGUUUGUGUCUGCUUCCAAAAACCAAAACGUGUUCAAAAAUCACACCUACUUAGGCAACUGAACUGAAAACCAGAAGAAUAUAUAAACCAACUACCAAAAAUAUAAAAAACACAAAUUGAACUCCAUCAUUAUAAAUACAACCACCAAAGAAUUAAAAAAAAAAAUAUAAAAAAACAAACAAAUAUUUAUAACAGCCAUUUAUUACCCAACUGUGCAAAAGUAUUUCAUCAAAAUUCAUACAGUGAAAUAAAAUUAAAAAAAAAACAAAACAAAAAAUAACUCAAAUCAAAUCGUUUUAUACGUUGCUCUAUUGUUGUUGUUGUUGUUGGAGCUGUUAUAAAUUCAACGUCGCAAUGCAAAUAACUGUCCCUUUUAGGGCUCUUGUGAUUGCCCAUUUAUUCUACUGUGUAGCACCAGCUGGAGAAGCCGACUAUACGCUGGACGAUUCAUUUUGGAAUGAAGAAAGUCCUGUUGGUGAAGUCGAACGUCUACUUAAGGAAUAUCGUCAAAAUCAAGAAUUGGUACGCCGUAUCGGUGGCCACUAUUAUCAAAUUAUUUAUCCGGUACAGUUAAGACAUCACGAGAAGAUGGGCAUUUCAACGCGUGAAGUUAGUGCACCUAAGGUACGCAAUCGUUUACGUUAUAAACGAAAUUUAAACAAUUAUACAAUGCCGGGUCAGCGACCACGACCACACGAUGAUGGAGGCUUCAGUAGAGGCAGAACAAAGAAACACUUCCAUCGAACCUCAUUGUUAAUUAAGGCUUUUAAUCAUAAGUUUCGUUUAGAUCUGGAAUUAAAUUCACAACUUUUAUCACCGAAUUUAAUACAGAAACAUUAUCAUUCUAGUGGCUAUUUAGUAGAUGGCAAUCGUCAUGAUAUUGAACAUUGUUAUUAUCAUGGCACUGUUAAAGAUUAUCCAGGUGCUAGUGCGGCAUUUCAUACGUGCAACGGUGUUAGUGGGGUCAUACACAUAGGAAAUGAAACAUUUGUGAUACAUCCCUUUUAUGGCGGUGAUCUAUCGAAGCAUCCGCAUGUCAUAUUUGAGGCACGCACAAAAGCCAACAAGGGUUGUGCCAAUUCAGGCAAUCUGGAUUCAUGGCGUCUCUCACGCCGCACCAAACAUUUAUCAGCUGGUAUUAUUGAUGAGGUACAUCCAAAUGGUGCCGGUCGCUAUAAACGUGAUGUCCGCGAGGCCACCAAAUACAUUGAAACUGCCAUAAUUGUAGACAAAGCCAUGUUCGAUAAACGUAAUGGAAGCACACGAGCGGAGGUGAUACACGAUGCCAUACAAGUGGCCAAUAUUGCCGAUUUGUACUUUCGCACCAUGAACACACGAGUGUCGGUGGUGUAUAUAGAGACAUGGGGCAAAAAUCAGGCUGUCAUUGAUGGCAGCAAGGACAUAAGUAAAGCCAUAUCAAAUUUUAAUGAUUACACAUCUAGAAAUCUUUUUCAAGUGGAACGUGAUACAACGCAAUUGUUAACAGGUGAAACAUUUGCCGGUGGUGAGGCUGGUAUGGCGGUACCAGAUACGGUGUGUACACCACGUGCUGUUGGCAUCAGUGUAGACAUAAAUGUCUAUGAACCUCAUUUGUUGGCCGGUACAAUGGCCCACAUGAUUGGCCACAAUAUUGGCAUGGGCCACGAUGAUGGACGUGAGGAAUGUUUCUGUCGUGAUUGGCAUGGUUGCAUAAUGGCUCAAUCUAUUGUUGGCCAAGAGAAUGUACAGCCUUAUAAAUUCUCUGAAUGCAGUAAAAAGGAUUAUAUCGAUGCAUUGCGUACGGGUCAUGGCUUGUGUUUGCUCAACAAACCCAAUGAGAUCGAAAUGCGUCGCAAUUGUGGCAAUAAAAUUGUUGAGGAAGAUGAAGAAUGUGACUGUGGCACCUUUGAGGAGUGUGCCUUGGAUCCGUGUUGUGAUGGUAUUACGUGUAAACUGAAGUCUGAAGCACAAUGUGCUACUGGUGCAUGUUGUGACCAAUGUCGCUUGCGUAACAAGGAUCAUAUCUGCCGUGACUCGCAUAAUGAAUGUGAUUUACCCGAAUAUUGCGAUGGUGAUGCUGGUGAAUGUCCCAUGGAUGUUUUCAAGAAAAAUGGUUCACCUUGCGGCCAUUCAAAAUCAGGAAUAUCAGGCUAUUGUUUUCAAGGCGACUGUCCCACAUUAAAUUUACAAUGUGAAGGUAUUUGGGGUUAUGGUGGUAUGGCUGCCGACAAGGAGUGCUUUGAACAAUUCAAUUCAAAGGGCUCCAUUAAUGGCCACUGCGGCCGUGAUGGCAAAGACAAUUUCGUUAAGUGUGAACCAGAAAAUGUUCAAUGUGGCACAUUGCAGUGCAAGGAGGGUGAACGUCAGCCCGUUAAUGAGGGUGAUUUAUAUUCAAGAACCAUUAUUUCAAUUAAGGGUUUGGAAUAUGAGUGCAAAGCCACCAGCGGCCAACUCAAUGCCAAUGAGUUUCCCGAUCAUGGUCUAGUUAAGGAUGGUACUCCAUGCGGUGAUAAUUUGAUUUGUUUAAAUCAAACCUGUGUUAGUAUUUUUCCACAUGUGGAUCAAACAAAGUGUCCAACAAAUAAAGAGGGUCAAGAAUGCUCGCAAAGAGGGGUUUGUACGAAUACGAAUAAAUGUUUCUGCGACAUGGGAUGGGGAGGUAUUGAUUGCAGCUUAAUUGUUUUAUUAACUACACCACUGCCAACUGAAGCUCUGCCAACACCAGAAAAUACAAUCAAAAUGGAAAAAAAGGAAACGCCGUAUGAGAACUACCAUGGCUCAAAUACAGUAUUUUUAGUUGGUGUACUAAUGUCAGUUGUUGGGUUCGUUUUUGUAACAUUCACCUUGAUGGCACUGUGCUACAGGUCAGUUGUAGUACAUAGAAACUUCUCCCUGUGUCUGAGGCGCAAGACCACCACCCUUAAAUACGAUCCACCCUAUACCAAAAAGCCAAUGGCAAAGGCUUAUGGGUCUGCAGUCACUGCCGCAAAUCAUCAUUCUGUGGAAGAGGUUUCACCAGAUGGUUCCAAUAAAUUAGUUUAUGCCAAUCAACCAGGUUUCAGUCGUGAUAAAAGUAUUCACAGUCGCCGUUAUACGGGCAGUGAUGAUGAUCAAACGCAUUCAGAAAAAGGUAUUUUAAAGAAACACGGUUACGGUCUUGUACAUGGUGUACACGAUGAUGGUCAAUCCGAUAAUUUAGAAUUAAUCACACAAGACGGUACUUUGGCAUCGUCGAGCGGUGCUGCCGUAUCGGAAGUCGAGCGCACUUUAAAAUCGCUAAACGGUUAUCACGAAGAUAUUUUGGAAGCUCUACGCAAUGCGGCCUCACAUCGGGGCACUGGCACUGGCAACACACCCGUUGGCAGUGGCAGUCUCAGUGAGGAAAUGUUACGCAAAACCCUACAGGAAUGCGCCUCAGCUCAACUAGGCUACACAACGGAACCCUACAAACGUUCGAGUGGUUCAAAGACUAGUUCUCGAGAGAAUAUAUGCGAUCAGGGGCCACCACACGCCCUGCUGGUCGAAACAUCCAGCAUGGGUGGUCCUCACGGUGGACCCAUUAUGCAUCAUCACCGCUCACAGCAUCAGUUGCAUCAGCCACUGAUGCAACAGCAACCGCCACCCGAUGAGGAGGAUGCUCCCGCUACCGGGCCCUUACGCAUACGUAAUCUUGAGGAUCUUAUCAGACAACUCGAACAUCACUCGUCGAGACACAUGAGUCCCAGUGGCUCAGAGGACAUACGAAUUUCUGAAACAGAAGCCGAUCGUCAUUAUAGAUUAGAUAGUUCAGCUGCUUGUAGUGAAUCCUCGCAAGGAUCAAAUCAACAAUUAGCACAAUCGCAAAAAACUGCAACAAUACAUCCGUCUUACAGCAGUCGUUGUCGACCGCGUGCCGAUGAAGAGUCACGUUUCUCCUAUGGAAGGUACAGACAUCCCACUACAACCAGUAGACACCCAUCACAUCAAUCACAUUCACCUCAUGCUUUUGGCCAUCAUGCACAUCAUUCGCAUGCUCAUGGUCAUGCAACACACGGUCCACACUCAUCGCAUCAUUCAUCGCAUACACACUUGCAUCAGGACGACGAUGGCAUUUAUGAGAGUGCCGAUCAUCAUGAUCGACAAAUGGUAGAUACGCGUCUUGACCCACGGGAAGUUCCCGAUAGUGAGAGUGAUGACUUUAUUCAAGCUCAACAACAGUUAGCCCGAUGGGCGAGUGAGGAUGUGGUAUCCGUCGUGGUAAUGGAACAGCCGCUCCCCGGUACAACAUCGGAUUCCCAACAAUCCAGCGGCGGGGGCGGACACACGUCGGGAGCGGCAUCAACGAAUACCGUUAUCCACCACCAGCAUCCGCACCAGCACCACGGCGAUCAUCCAUCCUCGGCACAAGUCACAUCAACCACAACGGUGUCGGCGGCGGCGGCGGCAGCAGCGGGUUCAAUCAAUGCUCAUAUGACUAUGGGGGCCGUUCCAAAUGGCAUCGCUGUAAAUCAGAGGGACUACUACCCCUCACCUCCCUCCACGGAGACGGAAAGCAGUGGAAGUGUUAUCCAGCCGCUCAACCGACGUUACACUAUUCAGGGCGAUACAAGUCAACAGCAGCUGCAAUUGCAUCAGCUACACCAACAUCAACAUCAAUCCCAUCAGCAGCAGCAGCAACACCAAUUGCAGCAGCAACAGCAGCAGCUUCAAGUUCAAGGCGACACCACCACCAGCAGCAGCAACAACAGUCAAUCCGGUCAAAUCAUGGAGAAUGGUCGAUAUCCGGAAUAUAAGCACUGAUAGUAUAAUAUUAACUCCAUCCCUACGAACACUACCAUUAAUAGCAUGAUCACUACCACCACCAACGCCAACACCAACACCACUGCAACAGCAACAUUGAAUAACAGCUAUAACAACAGCAUCACUGCUAUGCCACCAACGACAAGCCUUUCCCAACAACAUUCACCCCACUGUUACGCCCAUCAAUUGCAAGCGUAUCAUUGAGCCACAAGAUGUGAUCCUACCUUUCAAACUCUCUCAUCAAAUAACAUUUUAACUAGUUACACUAAAGCGCAACAAAAAGUAACCAAUAAACUAAGUGUAACUUGCAACUACAACUCAAACUCGAACUCGAACUCUAGCAACCAGUGAAACAAAUAUUUGUUCUAACACAACUUUUGUGAGUAGAUUUAAACAAGUUGUUUGUUUCAUCACUGUGUUUUUAUAGAUCUCUCAGAUUUAGCGGUGAUGUUUUGGAAACUCUCUAUCGCUCGCUCUCUCUCUCUCACUCACUCUGUCUAUCUCUACAUCACACUAUCUGUCCUAACUUAACCCCACAUCUCUAAAUCAUUAUAAUUUUGUAUGAAAUUAACAAAAUUCACAAAAUCAGAGAUUCUUUUUUUUAUAUUCUAAAAUUAAAUUAGUUAUGCAUAAUAAGAUAACAAAAUGAAAACCAAAAAAUUACUAAUUAAGUCAACAAAAAAUGAGAAAAAAAAACAAAAAAUAUAUUGUGAUUUUAUACAAAGUAGUCGAUAUUUUAGUUUUAAAUAAAACCAAAAAUAAAAAACCAAAAAAAAAAUUAGAACAAAUUUAACGAAUUGAUAACUGGCAAAACACAAUAUUAUGAAUUUUUGAUA